GACGGGGACGGCUCGUCAAUCGGGACAGGACGAGGUGGUCGUGGGAACGGCUCCCGCGCGCGCGCUGCAGUCCGAUCCGAAGACGGGAACUCCCGUUAGGUUUCCAAAGGGGCAACGCCACGCCCAUCCGGCAGCCUUGCGGGCGGGUCUUACUCGGAAGUAAGCGCCAUGCUGGGUCUGGCGGGCUCCCCUCCCGGGAAAGCUAGCAGAAGGACCGCAGCCUCGGCUUUCUUCUCUUCCCUUCCCAAGGUCUGGGGUCGGGCUUACCCGCGCUGCGGGCCGGCGACGGGCGGCGCAGGAGGAAAAGGGGCGGAUCGGCGCCUCCUGGAAGAGGAGGAGCAGCAGCCGGAGAGGAAGGUCACGCCGCUUUAGAAAGAGGGAGGAGGAACAAGGAGAAGAGACAGGGAGGGGAAAAAAGGAGCCGCUCUAAUUACCCGCCGCUCCUCCUGCUGCAAAACCUUCCUCCACGCGUCGCGUCUCGCUCUGAUCUCCAGGCGGCUCUUUCUGCUUCAAUGCAGGCGGCCGGAACGUUCGGAGCAGCUGACGGGAGAGGUGCGAGCGGCUGAUUGGACACUCCGCGUUCUCAAAGGGCUGUUUGUUACUCGAACGUUCGAAAGGGCUCGCGGGGUUCCGAAGACGGCAGCCGAGCGGUCUAAGAGCGCGUCCUCAAAGGCGGGAACGCUUUCGCUUGGCGCCGGCCCUUGCCCUUCCACCCGACCUCGCACGCGGAGCAGACUCGCUUCUCCUCAGCCAGCCAGCCUCGCUUCUCUUUUUCCACGGCCGCCCGCCUUUUGCACGAGAAAGCCUGAGCAGCGGCCGUUGCGAUUCCGUUCCCUCCUCCUCCUCGCCACCUUUUCCUCCUGCAGAACUAGCGGCCAUGCAGGGAGUCGGCGCGCUGCUGGCCGGCUGCCCUACCGCCGGCCUGGCUGGGGGCCUGGGGGUGACGGUGUGCGCCGCCGCCGCCGGGGGAGUCCUGCUGUACAAAAUCGCCCGGAGGAAGAAGCCCACGCACACGACUGUGAAUUGUUGGUUCUGCAAUCAGGACACCGUGGUGCCGUACGGGAAUCGGAACUGUUGGGAUUGCCCCAACUGUGAGCAGUACAACGGCUUCCAAGAGAAUGGAGAUUACAACAAGCCGAUCCCAGCUCAGUACAUGGAGCAUCUGAACCACGUGGUCUCUGGGGCCAGUGCCUUCUACGACCCCACCAAGCCCCAGCAGUGGGUGAGCAGCCAGGUCCUUCUCUGUAAGAAGUGCAACAACCACCAGACCCUGAAGAUCAAGCAGCUGGCGUCCUUCACCCCCAGGAACGAGGGUAAAUACGACGAGGAGAUUGAGGUCUACAAGCACCACCUGGAGCAGACCUACAAGCUGUGCCGCCCCUGUCAGGCCGCAGUGGAAUACUACAUCAAGUACCAGAACCGGCAGCUCCGCGCCCUCCUGCUGCGGCACCACUUCAGCCACCGGAAGACGGACAAGUCCUACAUGCAGAGUUUUUAUGCGGCGGCUUCAUCCACCACCACCACCACGCCGAUCCAAGUGAUCGCCCUCCGGUUCCUGGCCUUCCUCAGCUGCGCCGUCCUCCUGGCAAUAGCCUUGUAUGGGACGGGCAACCCGUUCUCCCCUGAGCUUACAACCCCACCCGGUCCCGGGAGGAACGGCAGUGGCCCGAAGAUGCCGGCAGCGCCACCGGGCAAUGGCACACUACUGGAGGUCCUUGGCUGGCAGGAGGUGAUCCGGUUGCUGCCGGAGCAAGUAGUGGAAGCACUGAGAGGCGCUUGGUCCUACGGGAAGAGCCACCAGAUGGCCAUGGUGGUCCUUGGGCUGCUGACGUGCUGCUUAGCCAUGCUGUUGGCGGGACGGAUUAGGCUUCGCCGAAUCGACGCCUUUGCCUCCACCCUGUGGCUCCUGGUGAUGAGCUUCCACUUAGCCGAGAGCUACCUGCAGGCGGACACCCCCAGCUGGCUAGACACCGCCAAGUUCGGCACUACCUCGCUGUGCUGCCUGGUGGGCUUUGCGGCGGCUGUGGCCACCCGGAAGCCGACAGGCCAGCGGAGACCCCGGCCCCGAAGGUACCUCUCUGGGGAUUCUUUCUCUGUGUUCCCGUACAGUGCUGAGAUUGGCUUCCCGUUGCCCCCUGUCUCUCCAUCCGUCUUCAUUCCGACCCCUCCCAGCAUGCUCCAGCUGACCAGCCAGACGUUCUUCCGCUCCCCUCGCCGAACCUCUUCCUCCUCUCUCCCUGGACGGCUAAACCGGGCUCUCUCGUUGGGCACCAUUCCUUCUCUGGCCAGAACCGAUUCUGGUUAUCUGUUCAGCGGAAGCCGUCCCCUGUCCCAGACCUCUCAUUGCAAGGAGUCUCCUACACCAGAAUAUUUCUCCCUCCUCUCAGGGAGCUGCGUCUCCUCCCCUGUGCCAUCAACGGCACCAUCUGUGGCCGGCUCAGUGGCAUCCAGUUCUGGCUCCCUGCGUUACCGCCGGCCCCUGAUCAGCCCCGCACGGCUCAACCUGAAAGGCCAGCGGCUGAUGCUCUUCUCGGCCCAGAGCAAGGCCCAGCAGGGUGAAGAUCUCGCCCACUCGGAAAACAACAUUUUUGCCUCGGACCUGCCUGCCUUCUCGAAAAGGAACCUCAGUGAGCGGGGGCUGCAUGAUAUGAGAGCUGUUGCCGAAGCAGGAAGCAUCUGCAGUGCUGGCUCCGUCAAGAAAGUAGACAACUCUUCACACUCCUCGAGCUGUGUGGUGGACACCACGACAAAAGGGGAGGAGCCAACGGGAUGGAGGGGCCGUUUUGGUAACUCCACAAUCCGAGGCCUCCUUGCCAUUAGCCUGACUGUCAACGCCAUCUUCACGUCGGCCUACCUCUACCAAAAUUUGCGCUGAGCCAUGCUGCCCCUUUGGGACUUUCUCGAGAGUGUUGGCGUGAUCCUGGCAUGAAGGGGACCCAACCAACUUCAACUCUGUCUUGUCUGACACAGGCUUUUUAGUUACCAUUUCUUCCCUUUCAACCGGCUGCCACUGUGUCCUGUAAGAGGCCUCCAACCUCUUGCUUACCAUCUUGUAAGCAAAACACUUUUUUCUAAAAGGGAAUGUCCGUGACCAGUUGUGGGCGACGAUCUGGAUAUUUCAGUCAACGUCGGAUUUCUCCAACUACUUUGCCCCUUUCUCUGUACAGAACUGGUUUAUUGGGGAGAACUCAAAAUAUUGACUGCCGUUUUUGCAGGGGACUGGUUUGAUGAGGUGCCCGUGGCCACCAGCUCUUGUCCUCCCCUUACUGAUGACAAAGUGUUAACGUUGCUGAAUUCUUGUUCACAAAAGGACCGGCAGACAUGCGGCCUUUGUUUCCGGUAGUUCCACUGUGUUUUGUUGCUUUGCCAGCCUCGUUUGCCCUAACGAAACUUUCUCCCAGUGUCCCUCUCUCAAGUGAGAGAGAGGAAGGGUGGCCACAUUAACUUGGUUGCUCCGUGGUGUUCCCUUUCACCCUGGAUUUCCACUUACCAGCGGGCUCCACUUUUCAGUGCUGGCAUAAUAUCUGUUGCACCUCUUUGCGAUGUUUUGUGGAUUGAUGGAUUGUGAUCUCUUUUUAGAAAAAUCAUCAUCAUCCAGUAUCGCAGUUCCAUUUUUGCUUCGCCAAGAGGCACCACUACUACUGUAACAAGACAUUCUGAUGUCACUGAGAUGCACUGUGGCUCUUGAUAGCCAGUGUGUUGGCUUGAUCCGGGUACUUUUUUUUUAAAUUAUUUUUGAGAAAUUUGCUCUCAAUAUGCUGUACUAGAAAUGUUGAACUGGGGGGCGGGGGGUCAGUGGCUUCACUGUGCAGAAACUGGUUAUUGUAUACUGCUUCAGAGGUCUCUCUGCAUCUGGAACAUCUGUGGCAUGGGAAUAUCUUAGUGCAAAACUCAUCUUAGCUAGCCAAAAUCUGAACUAGGUCAGCUAAAGAAAUCCUGCCAUGUGUUGCAAAGCUAAAAAAAAUAAAUGGUGCUUGCUAAAGCAACCAACCUAUAUUUAGACUGUAUCAAUACAGACUGUAGGUGGAAGGGCUUACAUGACUGUACUUAUGGGGCACUAAUAAAUAAAUCCCUGCACAUAGAAAGCUAGCACAUCAGGGAGAAGGCACUUCCUUGCUGACACUUUAGUUUUCUAUGUGCAGUUUUUUUUUAAUGAAAAUUAAUUGAGCUCAUUCAUGUACACUACCACCUUCAGUCUGUUUCUGAGAACCAGAUCAUAGGUGCUAUGUCCAAAAAAAUUACAGCUCUCCUAAAAAGUAAUUCCAAAGUAUCUCAAUAUUAACAGGUGUCCAGUUCUACCUGAGAGUGGCUUGAAACCAUGCAUUGGGGGGGGGCAUCCAGCAUCACCAGUUAACUUUGAGAGAAACUUGAGUCUUAAUUUCUGCCAAGAAAUUGCUCUUCCUUUCUCAGGCUGUCUCCAAAAGUUAAACUCCGCUGUUGCAGAGGAGAGUGCCCAUUGCUAAACAGUUCACUAUUUUUUUUCUUCCUCAAUAACCCACCUAAAUAUUUUUUUUGGGGGGGGGGGGAGGGAUUCAAAUAAAGUGUUUCAGGCCCGAGGUGUACUUUCUGUGCUGGGCCUGGUUAGGUGCUGUGAGUGAAAUUACGGCUGAUGAUUUUAGACUUAAGUCUUUCUCCUUCCUUGCCAAUAGUGACAAGAGAGAGCCAUGUAGGCCCGCACUAUGCCCACAAGGCCUCAAGCCUAAGCCAGCCACGCAGCAGGGGAAGGAAGUUCUUCAGAUUGAGAUGAUGAGAGGGCGGCCAUCUUUUUAACGUGUUUGCUAUCCUGAGAUUGGCCAGCUAGCCUGCUGUGGUUGCUAGGCAACCGUCAUGUGUUCUCAGAACCAUUAACGACCUGCCAUUUUGUCUGCUCAGGUAGAGAAGUGCAGUGACAGAAUUCUAACAUGUCUUAAUCAUGGUGUGCUUCAACAUAGCUCAAAAAUCCUCUCUCCCUCCCCCCCCCCGCUAGCCCGUCACUUACAUCCACUAGGACAACCUUCCCCAAACCUGGUGCCUUCCAGAUGUUUUGGACUACAACUCCCAUAAUCUCUGACCACUGGCCAUGCAAGCUGAGGCUGAUGGGAGUUGUAGUCCAAAAUAUCAGGGAAGGCUGCACUAAGUACACGGCCCCAGUCUUUUAAAUUCCUUUCAUUCUUUCCCUUUAAGUCACAGUGCACCCACAUAAAAUGUGGCAAAGGUGUCUUGAAAGUGCCACGCUUAAUUAAUUUCCGCCUUAAUGCGGUUGAUGAAGUGCUUCAUGUCUUUCUAUUCCUGGUUUUUUUUCUCACUCUUAACAAAAGAAAUACUGGGGUGUGGAAGAAAUACUUGAUGAUGCCAAUUUUUUUUUCCCUGUUGGGGGCAACCCCCGCCUUAAACCCUUCAUUGUAUCUGCUAUGAGGGCUGAUUUCCUCACUUGAAUACAGCAAAGCCACCUGAGUUUCGAAACAUGGUUAGUAAACUGAAAAUCUGUGCAUAAACGGCCAGUUUUCCAUGGGAGCAAAGGGGGGAGAAUAAUCCUUUUCCAUGGCCAAGAAUACAUUCUAAAACGCAUGUAUGGUAUUCAGUAUAGAUGGCCCAAGGGUGAGGGGAUUGGCCAUUAACACUAUUCUGAGGUGGUUACAGGCACGUGGUGAUGGGUCUAUACAAUAGAACACAUCCUAGGAGCAGUUGUCAAGAGCCUCAUGAGGACUAGUUCCCUGGCGAAUGUACAAGCAACUGCCUUCAGGAGUUAACUCUUAUUAUGAAAUACACUGUGUUCCUGACAGGCUUGAAUUUUGGGGGGUUGGGUGGGGAUUUGGUGGGUGGGAGCCUAUGACAGAAGAAAAAUGGCAGAGUCCUGGGUUUGUUUUUUUCCCUUCACUGAGAAAAGUUGUACAUUUUGUACUUACGACUGUGGGCUUUUGGGCUGGGGGUGGGGAGAGGGGAGUAACCCUGUACAGUUUGGUUAGAAAUUUGUGUUUUUAGUUUGGGGGUUUGGAUGCAAAGGUGUUUUUUUUUCCUUUUCUUCCUCUCUAUCCUCCAGGAGGUGUUUGAGAGAUUAUUUUUCAUUAUAAAAAUAAGAAUAAAAGCAAAAUUUAAUCUUGA